AUGCGCCGUCGCCUUCCGCCGGAGCCACCGCGCAUUUCGGCCACUCGCCGCCGUCUCCGACCAACGUUCGCCGGAGCCGCCGUGACCGGCCACCGUCCGUUCGCCGCCGGGAAGCUGCCGCCGUGUCGCCGCCGCACCCCCGCCGUCGCCGGCGACUUUCUGAUGCCGCCUAGGAAGAGAGUUGUUUGUACUCAGGCCGUCAGAGAUGUUAGAGAGGUUGAGGCUGAGGACGAGCAUGUCCAGCCCGCAGUUCCACAGCAGGCGGCUCCGCCUAUUGAUCAGGAUGCUUUGAGACAGAUGGUUCAGGAUGCGGCUAGGCAGGCUGCACAGGAAGCAGUCCAGCAAACUGCACAGGAGGCUGCCCGAGUAGCUGCUCAGGAGGUUGCCAGACAGAUGGCUGCAGUUCAGCAGGGUCAGCAGAUUCCGCAUGGUCCUCAGGUUCAGGUGCAGCAGGGUCCGCAGAUUCACAUGCAGCAGGCCCCACCUGUUCAGCAUGAUCACCAGGUUCCUCAUCAGCCGGCUCCAGCUCAGCAGUAUCCUCAGGUUCCCGUUCAGCCUGUUCCAGGAGUUUUUCAGGUUCCACCGCCACCACCUGCUUUCCCAGUUCAGGUGCCCGAGGUUGAUGAGACAUUUAUCAGGGUGUUGGGACAGAUGAAGUAUGUGAGUUUGGAGCAUUUCAGUGGGACGACGGAACCUACAGUUGCUCACGAUUGGAAGCACAGUUUGGAUAAGUGUUUGAAGACCAUCUCGUGCCCGCCAAGGCUCAAGCUUAACAUCGCUGAGCUUUAUUUGCGUGGAGAUGCAUCAAUCUGGUGGGAUGGAGUGAGAUUGAUGCACCGUGGCAAGCUGACAUAUGAUGAUUUUCUUUACGCAUUCAACAAGAAGUAUUUCCCGAGAGAAGCUUUGCAUGAGAAGAAGAAUGACUUCGAGCAUUUGAGGCAAGGAGCAAAGUCCGUGAGGGAGUAUGAGCGGGAGUUUAACCAACUCCGCAGAUUUGUGGGUAACACCAUUGAUGUGGAGGAUCUGAUCAGGAGGUUCUUAGAUGGGAUGCGAGUAGAGCUUCGUGGUAGAUGCAGUGUGGUUACCUACACCAGUUUGGAGGAUCUGGUAGAGAAGGCGGCUGUGCAGGAGAAGUGUAUGGUAGAGUUGCAGAAGUUCUCCAAAGCAGUUCAGCCUAAGGCCGGAGGGACUUCAGGGUCACAGAAGAGGACUUGGGAACAGAAUGGAGUACCCCAUUGUGGGCGUUGUCGUCGCCAGCAUAUUGGGGAAUGUAUCCAGUGCUUUAACUGUGGUCUGUUUGGGCAUAUCUCGAGGAAUUGUAGGAAGCCGCCACGUACUCAGGUUGCAGCGCCAGCAGCGGCAGUAGCACCAGCAGCGGCAGCGAGGAACUGUUACGGCUGCAACCAGCCAGGUCACAUUUACAGAGAUUGUCCGAGGAGGGGCAAUGCAGCGCUUCCACCACCACCGAAGCGUCCAGCCAUCGCUCCACGUGUGUUUGCGGUUGGAGAUCCCCAGGGAGCUGAGCCGAUAGCGGGAUCGGUUUCGGUUGGAGGAAAGUCCGCUUAUACCUUAUUCGACACGGGAGCAUCUCAUAGUUUUGUGAGUCCGCGCUUAGUCCAGUCUUGGUAUUUUCGGAGUGACUUCGAACCGAAGGCUAAGCAGAUUCAGACUGCCGGCACGGAGAAGUUGGGAGCAGUUGGCAUUCAUCACGAUGUACCAGUUAUUCUUGGAGGAGUUGAGCUGCUCGGAGAUUUGACGGAGUUGGAGAUGAGCUUAUACGAUGUUAUACUUGGGAUGGAUUGGUUGUCGCGACAUCGAGUAGUCUUGGAUUGUCCGAAGGCAAGAGUUAAUAUCCCUAGAGAAGAAGAAAAUAUCAUUUACGAGGGCAUUCAGACAAACCGGGAAAUUCCUAUCGUCUCCAUGUUGUGUGCAGAAGAAUUAUUGGAGGGUGGAGCAGAGGGAUUUUUGGCAACCAUUUCGAUGGUUAAGGAGGAUGGUAAACAGAAGCUGCAUGAUAUUCCAGUGGUCGCCGAGUACGAGGACGUUUUUGAGGCUUUAAAAGGGCCACCACCAGCUAGAGCGGACGUUCUUACGAUAGAAGUAGAGCCAGGAGCAACACCAGUUUCACGAGCUCCAUACCGUCUCGCACCAACAGAGAUGGCAGAGUUAAAGAAGCAGUUGGAGGAGCUAUCUGAUAAGGGGUUUAUCAGACCGAGUACGUCACCGUGGGGAGCACCAGUGUUGUUUGUGAAGAAGAAAGAUGGGAGUUUUAGACUUUGUAUCGACUAUAGAGGUCUGAACAAAGUGACCAUCAAGAAUAAGUACCCGCUCCUGCGUAUCGACGAGUUGUUAGACCAGUUUCAGGGAGCUUCAUGGUUCUCUGAGAUUGACUUGGCAUCGGGAUACCACCAGAUUGCGAUAGCUGAGGGAGAUGUGCGGAAGACGGCAUUCCGUACACGUUAUGGACAUUAUGAGUUUGUGGUGAUGCCAUUUGGGUUGACAAACGCACCGGCAGCAUUCAUGAAACUCAUGAAUGAUGUGUUUCGAGAGCACUUGGAUAAGUGUGUGAUCGUUUUCAUCGACGACAUCUUGGUUUAUUCUCGGAGUAGAGAAGAGCAUGCUGAGCAUUUGCAGAUUGUGUUGGGUAAGAUUCGGGAACAUGAGUUGUUUGCCAAGCUGAGUAAGUGUAGCUUUUGGCAGAGGAAGAUUGGAUUUUUGGGUCAUGUGGUUUCAGAAGCAGGAGUUGCCGUUGAUCAGGAGAAGAUUAUCGCCAUUUCAGAGUGGCCGACACCUAAGAGUGCGACGGAGAUCCGCAGUUUUCUCGGUUUGGCAGGCUACUACAGAAAGUAUGUCAAAAGUUUUGCUGGCAUUGCAAAGCCAAUGACACGGCUAACAGGAAAAGACCCCGAUUUUGAUUGGACAGAUGAAUGUUCGAGGAGUUUCACUGAGUUGAAGCGACAGCUGGCCCAUGCGCCAGUUUUGGUACUUCCGAGGCCAGGAAUACCAUAUGAGGUCUACACUGAUGCGUCAGGCACCAGAUUGGGAUGUGUACUGAUGCAGGAGGGACAGGUCAUUGCCUAUGCAUCACGACAGUUGAGGCCUCACGAGGCCAAUUAUCCUACGCAUGAUUUGGAGUUGGCAGCAGUUGUAUUUGCAUUGAAGAUCUGGAGGUCAUACUUAUAUGGAGAGAAAGUGAAGAUUUUCACGGACCACCAGAGUCUGAAAUACAUAUUUACGCAGGCGGACUUGAAUUUGAGGCAGCGAAGAUGGAUGGAGUUGUUAGCAGACUACAACUUGGAGAUCGCAUAUCAUCCGGGAAAAGCCAAUCAUGUGGCAGAUGCCUUGAGUAGGCGCAGAAGCGAUGUAUCGGGAACCAAAGAGGUUCAAGAGCUUACUGGGGCACUUGCUAGUCUCAGAUUGUGUGCAGUUACCGUGGAGGGAGAGACAGUUGGCGCUGAGGCUGUAGAGCAGGCAGAUUUACUGUGGAGGAUACGCAAAGCUCAGGAUAAUGAUGAAGCUUUGUGUAAGCAGAUCGAGAUGGAGAGUAUUGGUUAUCAUACAGCCUCCAGCGGGAUGUUCAUGUAUCGGAAGCGGGUUUGUCUGCCAGAUAAUGAGCCGUUAAGGAAGGAGAUCUUACGGCAAGCACACCACUCAGGGAAUACGAAGAUGUACAGGGAUAUGAAGCGAUAUUACCAUUGGCCUGGUAUGAAGAGGGAUGUUGCUUCAUUUGUAGCUCACUGUCAAACGUGUCAGAUGGUUAAGGCCGAGCAUCAGGUGCCUAUCGGAUUAUUACAGAUCCUACCUUUGCCAGAGUGGAAAUGGGACAUGGUAACCAUGGAUUUUGUGACGGGUUUGCCGACCACAUCAGGAGGGAAAAAUGCCAUAUGGGUGAUCGUGGAUAGACUUACCAAGUCAGCCCAUUUCCUAGCGAUUAAGAAGACAGACAAAGCUGAUCAGUUGGCACAGAUCUACAUUAGCGAGAUUCUGUGA